CUAUUCUAAGUGGUGACAAGUGUGAGGCUGUGCAGGACUUGCUGUUGCUUGACGUGGCUCCAUUGUCACUGGGUCUUGAAACGGCUGGUGGUGUAAUGACGGCUCUGAUUAAGCGUAAUACGACAAUUCCGACGAAGCAGACUCAAACGUUCACAACGUACUCGGACAACCAGCCUGGUGUGCUUAUCCAGGUGUUUGAGGGUGAGCGUGCUCUGACGAAGGACAACAAUCUGCUUGGCAAGUUCGAACUCUCAGGUAUCCCACCUGCUCCUCGUGGUACUCCCCAGAUUGAGGUGACGUUUGAUAUAGACGCGAACGGUAUUCUGAACGUAUCUGCUGUUGACAAGGGUACAGGGAAGCAGAACAAGAUAACGAUUACAAAUGACAAGGGUCGUUUGACGAAGGAGGAGAUUGAACGAAUGGUAGCCGAUGCGGACAAGUACAAGGCUGAGGAUGAGAAGCAGAGAGAUCGUGUUUCUGCGAAGAACUCGCUUGAGAGUUAUGUGUACACAAUGAAACAGCAAGAGGAGAUUGAACGAAUGGUAGCCGAUGCGGACAAGUACAAGGCUGAGGAUGAGAAGCAGAGAGAUCGUGUUUCUGCGAAGAACUCGCUUGAGAGUUAUGUGUACACAAUGAAACAGCAAGUGGAGGGUGAGCUUAAAGAAAAGAUAUCUGAAAGUGAUCGUCAAGUGAUAUUAAGUAAGUGUGAGGAUACAAUUGGUUGGUUGGACGUUAAUCAAUUGGCGGAGAAGCAUGAGUAUGAAAGUAAGCGGGAGGAGUUGGAGAAGGUCUGUGCGCCGAUAAUUACGAAGGUGUACCAGGCUGGUGGUAUGCCAGGAGGCAUGCAUGAAACAGGUGGUGCUGGUGGUGGAAGUGGUAAGGGACCAACGAUUGAGGAGGUCGACUAACCUGUAAUUGUUGUGAUUAAUUAUUUGGUACUUGAAUGAAUUCAGAUUUUAUCUGUAAUGAA